AGAGAAGUUGCUGUUUGACCACAAGGUUAGAGCACAACUUCUAGAAUCCUUUUAAAUGCAAGAUCCAAGCAGAUAUACGGUCAGAGAGAGGAUUUGACGCACAAAAAUGGAACUCCGAGACAACACGAAGAGCGGCAUGGAGCAGUUUUACUAUCAGUCACAAAUGGAGUUGGAUACAAGCUUGAAUAGUCGUCUUCUCAACCAGGAGUUAACAAGCAGCUGUGUACAGCUGGAGGGGCGUCCGGACCCACACAGCAACAUCUGGACUGAUUCUGAACCAGCAAGAACAAAGAACUCUACGGGGCGAUCGUUUGCCAUGGAUGCCAGGAUUAGACUUGAUAGCCUGAAGUGCGGCUGCAAUUCACCUUUGACUUGCUGUGCCACAAAAAACACCUCAAACCACUUUGACAGUGAGAAAGACGUGUCAAUACAGUCAGCUCUGGACUUGGUAGAGAUCCUUGACAUAGAGGAUGACAUGCAGGACGAAGAGAGUUGGUUAUAUGAAGCUCCGAAAAAGCAGUUUGUGGAGAAGGAAUCUGCACUCACAUGGUGUCGACAUGUUCUCGAUAACCCCAGCCCUGAGAUGGAGGUUGCACGUCGCGUGCUGAUGAAUAAGCUGAACCAAACAUCAAGAUGUCACUUCUACAGACAUGCUGCGCUUUCCUGUUGUGCUCCCAGCAUCUCUGUGGGCUCCUCUGUGGACCAAACAUCAGUCAGCCACUCACUCAGUGACUCUGACACUGCAGGUGCCAAUAGGCUGAGCAUCUGUCGUAACUCCAUAACCACGAGCUACAGGCUGCAUGACAUCACAGAUGUUCACAUCAUGGCCAAAAUACAGGAAGCAAGUUUAAGAGAAGACUAUGGUUCAGCUCCGGCCACAGCUUCAGUCGGGAGAAACGGGGAGACGUCUCCAUCUCACUCUGACGCCACAGGUGUCUGUGGUUACCAGCUUGCAGCCGGAACCAAAAGCCGGGCGUCCUCCUUACGCUGGCCGGCGGCUCUGUCAUCCCUGAGCUCGUCCCGCUGUCAGUCACCAGCGCCCGCCGCAAAGCUGGGGUUACAAAGUCCCAGACCCUCCAGACUUCACCAACAAGUCACACAAUUCAAGCUGCUUAAACGGGCUCAGAAUCAAGGAGCAGAUGGCAGGACGAGGUCACCUCUGAGGACAAGCCUCCGCUCCCUCCAGGCCGUCAGAAACAGCCGAAGUUUAGAGAAAGAUGAUUGCCAACCUGUUGGCCAAUUCUCACAUCAUCUAAGAGGGGUUACAGCGACCAGAGCAGGGUUAACUUUUGGAUCACUGCCACCUUCUCCUGCAUCUCCGGAUCCCAGCAGGGUGUCGCGCUUGAGGACGGACUCACCAGUCCGUCUGACGGCCGUGAAGAAGCUGGAGAGGUCUCAGUCUCUCAGCCCCUGCCGGAUCCCUAAUCCUGCCAAGGGAUACCUGUCUGCUAAUGGACGUGUUUUCGCCUCACCUGAGAGGCCGGCGACUGCAGCGUGGGGCAGACACAUGACCUACGCUCAAAGAUGAAAGACCUCAGCCAGGAUAACCUUUUAGAUAUGCUAACAAACAGGAACAUUAAAGAGAUUUAAAAAAAGACUGGUUGUUCCAACUAGAUAACUAAGCUUGGAUUUGAGAGGAAAUGGAGUCUAUGUUUCAGUGAUGUUGGGUUUUACAGAGUAAAUGUAACAUUUUAGCUUUUUCUGCAUAUAUCUUCUGCAUAGAGCUGGGUAAUCUCAUUCUAAAGCUCCUUUUAGAAGAACAGGGCAACUAAUAAUGUUUAUAUAUAACAUGACAGGAAUAUGACAUAAGGCUGAAUUUAUCCUGUCACUUGAAUUGUGACAAUUUAGCCAUGUUUGAUGACCAAUGCAGGAUAAGGGGUUUUCAAGCAAAUAGAUCGAAAAACUCUUCACCUUAAGCUCAAAUAUAAUUAUAAGACAGACAUGAACGCAGUCAGAAAGAUGAACUUCACUUCAGUUCCGCUGACUGCUGAAGGGACUGAUAUCUGCAGGAUGGGAAGUUUAUUUGCCAUUCUGUAAGAAAGACCAAAUAAGUGAAUUCUGCAUAACAGGAACUGCCAUUACUAACAAUGACAGUUCCUGUUAUGCAGCACAGAAUUGUGGGUUUGGUGGUCUUUCCUAAAGGUUGCAGAAAUGGACUACUUUCUGCUGGAAGCAUGUCCAGGCUGAUUUAUUUGAACCCAUUUUACCCCAGGAAGGUUCAUUUUAGAUGAAGCAGCUCUGAGGGAAAUAGCUUUUUUUGUUGUUGCUCCCUUUAUGGACAGGAACUAAGUGUUCUCAACAUCAAUCUAGUUUUGUAAUGAC